AUGGCUUCCCUCGCGAUCCUCCGUCUCACUGCUCGUCCCGCCACCUCGACCUUGUUCAGACCUUGCGCACACUCGUUGAGGAGAGCUCCUGCGGUAGCUCAGUCUGUCUCUGCCAGAUCUCCCUUCAGCUCCACCUCCAUCCAACGAAGCAGCGGUCACGAAGAGGAAACCUUCGAGGAGUUCUCUGCUAGAUAUGAGAAGGAGUUUGAUUCUGUGAACGAUGUUUUCGAGCUGCAGCGAAACUUGAACAACGCGUUCGCUUAUGAUCUUGUCCCUUCGCCCGGUGUCGUCACAGCAGCCUUGAAAGCUGCAAGGCGGGUCAAUGACUACCCCACUGCCGUGAGAAUAUUCGAAGGCAUCAAAGCCAAGGUCGAAAAUACGCAACAAUACGAAGAGUACCUCGAAGAGUUGAAGCCCCUGCGCGAGGAGCUCGGCGUUCUUUUGAAAGAGGAGCUUUACCCCGGCAACAGCGACAGCCCUUAUCACAGCUCGUAA